UAAUAUAAUACGCCGAAGGGAAAAACGGGAGCCCCAUUUCAAAUUUCCUGCAACGAGAGUGAAAGUAGGAAGGACAUUUUGGUCUUCAACUAUUAUCUUCUUAUAAGUUAUAUUUUUAACAAUGGUUACGUUUAAUUUGUCUUCCUAAGUGAUCGAAAUUUAAGAAAGGAAGCCUCAAAGGAUUAAAACAGAAAUACUUAGUUAAUUCCAAAACCGGCAUUCCUAAACAGCCUCAUAGGAGAAAUAUAUAUAAAUACGGUAACAAGUUGAGCAGAAUGAGACGGGGCGGAGCAAAAUGAGUUGGAAGUUGAUAUUCAGGUAAUACCCACAGGAUGGGUUCAAAUUGCCAUCACUAAUUAUCAUUGCUAAGUAAUAAAGUUGCAAUGAAGAAUUAUUGACUAACCUACCCCGGCCAACGGGCCGGGUUAUAAGCUAGUUCUGUAAGAUAUGAAAACAGUCUGCCAGAUAAAAAUAUAUAGACUAUCAUUAACUUUUUUAGCAAACAUAACCAAUAAAUUUGGUGAGAAAAUAUAUUUUAUUAUUUUAUUACCAAUAGUUUUAGUAUUAAUUUGGUCACAAAUUUGUUUUGUUUGUAAGUGACUAUUUUAGCAUGUUUAUGUAACCAAAAAUAUUAGUUACUUUAAAAAGCAUUAAGGACAAUAGACAAAUAGUUUUGGUUAGAAAAAAAUUCAACAUUUUAUUAAUAAUUUUUUGGUCAUAUAAAUUUUAAUUUGGUUAUAAAAACUCUAUUUUUUAGUUAGUGACCAAUUCAUCAAAAAUUUUACUACUAAAAUAUAAUUGGUCAUAAAAAAUAAGCAUUUGCCGACCAAAAAAAUUUAGUUGCAUGGAAAUGGUCACAAAAGACCAUAUUUGUUGUAGUGAUAAAAUGUUCAAAUUACUUGUUAACUUUGUGGUGAACAACCAAAAACUAAUAUUCAAAUAAAUUGUAAGAACUAUGAAGUUGAACGUGUUGAUAGAAAGAAUAGUGUAUAGAUGAGUGACUUGCUACUCGUUUUUUGUAUAUUUUUUUAAGGGGUUAAAGACACAUUUGGUCACUGAGAUUAUAAAAUUGGGACAUGUUUAGUCACUAGAAAAAGUUAAUAUCAAAUUUGGUCACUACAAUUACUAAAACUGGACACAUUUAGUCACUCGCCGUUAGUCUCCGUCCAACUCCAUUAAUGAAGUCCGUUAAGUGCUGAUGUGGCAAACAGAAUUGUCUAAUCAGCCGGAUAUAACUCAACAAAAAUAAAACCCGACCCGCCACGUCAUUAUAACCCACCACGUCAUUAAAACCAACCCAACCCAUGACCCAACCCCACCCUUCUUCCUCCUUCCUCCCACCUCGGCACCUCCCACCUCCUUCUUUCCCCAAAACCACCGCCGCCGCCGCUCUCCUUCUUCCUCCCACCUCCUCCCGCAAACCUGUUCGACCUAACCCAGCAGACCAAUCCUUCACCAACGAGGCCAUUGACGUUCACAAAGAAUCCCCCAAAUGUUCACAAUUGCAUCAGAGAGAAAUGCAAGACCAAGGAAAGCACAGAGCAAACUAGGCAGCAAACCAGAAUCAAGAUUUCGUUACAAAACAACUUGGCGGAGAAGGCGGCGGCGUGGUGGUGCUACUUAUGGAGAUACUUCACAGCAACAAUCCUCCCGUCGAACAGCUGCCCCAAGUAAACCGACCCGAACCCACCGUCCCCAAUCUUCCUCUUCGCGAAUCCUCCUCCGCAACAAGCGCCUUCAAGUGCCUGGACCUGAAAACCGCCGCCACAAUCAAAACCACGAGAAGCAAACACAUCACCGUGAAAAUCGAGCAGAGGAUCGCAAUCCGAUUCGUAUCCUCGUCGCGAAUCCAUGGCGAAAUCCGGGCGGCGGGGCGGAGCGAAAUCCCUGCUGUGAUGGGUGGCGGAGAGGGGCGGAAGAGCAGGCGGGGAGGAGGCGGAGAGGGGUUUUGACGAGGGAGCAGUCGGAAGGGCAGAGAGAGCAAUUGGGGAGGCUGGGAGGGGAGCAAGAGCGGAGGGCGGAGAGGCGAGAGCAGGAGGAGUCGGCGAGGCGAAAAGGGGAGCCGGAGAAGUGGAUGGAGGGAGGGAGGGCGGAACAGUUAUGGCGGGGGAGAAGGAGACGAGGGGAGAGGGAAAGGGAAGAGGAAUUAGGGCGGAAGGCUAGGACGGAGAAGGAGGUGUUUGCGAGGGAGAGGAUGGAGUGAGGGGAAGCGCAUUUGAGAGUGAAGGCGGGGUGGCCGCAGCUAAGGGAGGAGGAGAAUGGGUACGGCGGCGGCGACGGGAAUGGCGGGCAGGGAGUGGUUUUGGGGAAAGAAGGAGGAAGAAGGGUUGGGUGGGGUUGGGUCAUGGGUUGGGUUGGGUUGGUUUUAAUGACGUGGCGGGUUAUAAUGACGUGGCGGGUCGGGUUUUAUUUUUGUUGGGUUAUAUCCAGCUGAUUAGGCAAUUCUGUUUGCCACAUCAGCACUUAACGGACUUCAUUAACGGAUUUUGACGGAGACUAACGGCGAGUGACUAAAUGUGUCCAGUUUUAGUAAUUGUAAUGACCAAAUUUGAUAUUAACUUUUUCUAGUGACUAAACAUGUCCCGAUUUUAUAAUCUCAGUGACCAAAUGUGUCUGUAACCCUUUUUUUAAGGGAAGUGAUUUGCUACUUGUUAUGCCUUUGGUUUUUUUUAUUAGAUAUAGCUCGUAGCAUCGACAAUAGAUAUGAUAAAUAGACUUGGUCACA